AUUCGUGUGCCGAACCUCGACCGGAGAGCCACUUGUGCGUCCACUUUUUCAAACAACUACAACUUUGCGAUACAUAAGACUGAUCCCGUCGGAAUACUGCUGAAUAAAAAUCAACGAACAUACUUAAGAUUAUUUAUUAAGUCCUAGGCCCUAUAGAUUAAAGUAAACAUUAUAAUGAUGAAUGAUAAUAGUAGAUUAAAGAUUGCAAAUAUGGAAAUAGAAGAGCCUCUACGUGAUAUUGUGGCUGAUGAAUUCACAUCUAUUGUGUUUGAAUGUAAAGUGAACGACUGCUCUAGAAGGUUCAUCUCGUAUAAAUGGUAUAAAGAUGGUAAACAAAUAGAAGCCACACGCAGAAUUAAAAUAAGCUGUGACGGAAAAUGGCACAGAUUAGAAAUCACGUCAGUUAUUUGUAAUGAUUAUGGUGUUUAUAUUAUAUUACUUAAUAAUAAUUUCAACGAAAUAUUUUCCAAAGCAAAUCUAUAUGUUCGAGAAAUAAAAGGCAAACAAAAUAAUGAUGUUCUUUAUAUUCCUUCAAAAUCUCGAAACUUCAAUGUUUGUAGGCAUUUGAGGUGUGCCAAAGUAUUAGUAGGAGACACUAUAGAGUUAGAAGCAACAUUCAAUGCUGACACAUUAGAUGACUACUUAUGGUUCAAGAGUAAUAGACCGUUACAACUAAAUGAACGUACAAUUGUACUGAGUGAUAAAAGAACGACUACACUUUCUAUAUUGUGUGCCAAAGAGACUGACACAGGUAUUUAUCAUGUGGUGUGUAAAUCUGAAUAUGGUAUCGCGUCAAGUUUUGCUAGUGUGAUGGUCAUAAAUACAGAUCUCAAUACAUUAAAUACUAGUGAAGUGACUCCAAGUAUAGAUGAGCCUUUGCCCGAGGAACUUGAAGUCAUUGAAGGAGAGGAGGUGCGACUUAUGUGUAAAGUUACUUAUGAUGUAAACACUAUAAUACAAUGGUCUAAAAAUGGAUUAAAUUUAGAAGAAAGUAAUACUAUGGAAACUGAAUACUAUAACAACAGAUAUACUUGUUUAAGAAUAAGGAAUACUUGCACAAAAAAUAGUGGAGAGUAUUCUAUACAAAUGCGAGAUGAAAUAACAGGACAUACAGACACAUCGAGCUGUUUUCUAACUGUAAAUCGUAAGUUCUUUUUACUACCAAAUUUCCAACCAGCAGAAAAAUUUAACUCGGUAAAACUAAGAACACCCUUACAGCCGAUUGUAACUUGUAUCGGAUCGAAAUUGUCAUUUACUUGUGGAUUUGUUUUGGAUGAUCCCAAAUUUUAUUACGUGGUUUGGUAUAUUGGAAGUUACAGAGUGGAACGCACCAAUCAUCGAUUUCACGUAGUACACAGUGGUGGCGAUUUUUACUUAUUUGUUAAACAAAUAGAGCCAGGAAUGGCGGGUGAGGUAACUUGUGAACUUCGCAGAGCAUUACCCAAUAGGUCAUCAAUUGUAAUUAAUAGAGCAUCAUCAAUUUUAACCAUUGUGCCGCCUGCAGUUAUCGAGAAAUUAGCAAAAGUAAAUAAUAUAAAUUCCAAAAACAAUAUCUACUGCAUUGGAAAUUUCAAACAUAUUAUUCCUGUUAACAAUAAAUACAUUCUAAAUGGAAUUCAAUCAGCAAAAUCAGCAAUUUCUACAAAUGGGACGAAUGUUAGCGAGGAAGAAAUGGUCAUCACAUAUUGCAGAUUGGGUGAUGACAAUUUUUAUUUUGAUAUUACUAAUGCCGAUGAUGAAAUUAAGCACGUGGAUCAUAUAAAGAUCUACGACAGCUGUAUUAACGAACCUAUUAAAACGAAAUCUAAUGUCGUGAUUAUGGAAUGGUGUCACACAGCCGAAAAAAGUAAAGAUUUAAACAAGACUAGCAAAAAGUGGUAUAAAAUUCAGUUUGGAAAAACGAGCGACAAAUAUGUAGUAGCAGGCGUUUCAAGUUUAACGAUGUUAGAGUUGAAAGAUCCUCCAUUAGAACAAGUUAUGAAAUUUCGUAUAACGACGACAGAAUCGAUACACGAAGCUAAUGAAUCAAGAGUUUGUAUAUCGCCAGCCAUAGAUGAAUUGCCAAGAAUGAAAAAACAAUGCGAGCUUAAACCUAUGGAAGAGUUCAAUUCAAUGUUUACAAAAACCGGCGAUUUAAUAGGGUGUGGUGCAUUUGGAAGUGUGGUUCUUGUUCGUGAUAAAGAAGGAGAAUUAUAUGCGGCAAAAAUAUUGAAAACAAGAACCCAGAAAAAAAGAGACACUGCUAUAAGAGAGUAUGAAAUGAUGAAAAGUUUAAGACAUCCAAAAUUAGUAGAACUUUAUAGUACAUUUACAGCAAAGGAAUCUUUUAUCUUAGUAAUGGAUUACCUUUGGGGUGGUGAACUUUUUGAUAGAAUUGUCGAAGAGGAACACAUAAAGGAGCUAGACGUGGUACCGUACGUGAAGCAAAUCUGUGAAGCUUUGCAAUAUUUGCAUGGUAACAAAAUAGUUCACUUAGAUCUAAAACCUGAGAAUAUAAUUUGCCUGAGCCCGAAUUCCCGACAAGUGAAAAUUAUAGAUUUUGGUCUCGCAAGAGUUUUAGACGAGACUCAUGUAAGGGCAAUCUACGGAACCCGGGAUUACGUUGCACCUGAAGUAUUAAAUUUUGAGCAGCUAACUUUAGCUUGCGAUAUGUGGAGUUUAGGAGUGGUUACUUAUAUGCUACUGUCAGGAGUUAUGCCCUUUAGUGGAGAUAGCUGGCCCGAACGAUCUGCAAACAUUACAAAGGCUAACUAUAACUACCACGAAACAGCCUUUAAAGAUAUAUCAGAUUUGGCCAAAGACUUCGUGGACCACCUUCUGAUACUGCAACCAGAAAAUCGUAUGAAAGCACACAACGCCUUAAAUCAUAGAUGGAUAGUUGACGGUCCACCUAAAGGGGCAAAGGCUGGACACAUGAAACGUACUAGGCAAAAUUUAAAGUCCUAUCUAGCUAACAAUAGAGCAAGGUGGCAGAGAGCAGGAAACGUCAUGAUAGCGGCUCAUCGUCUACGCAAUGCGGGAAGUCAAAGGAACACAUUGGACGCCGAUAGAGUUUCGCCUAGAGUGACUUAGAAGAACCUUUCAGAAUCAUCACCAAUGGCUCUUUUAGUGUUCUUUGUUCUCAGUUCUGGUAAACUAUAUAAAACAAAUAUACCUAUUACAACUGAUGAAAAUUGUAAAAAACGGCUUUUCAUGUUAAAACUCUAAUAAAAUUCAAAAUUAUUGAUAACAAAAAUAUCAAAUAAAAACUUGAACAUGCUUCAAGACUACUUAAUUUUAAACAUUUUUUACAUCACUAUGAACUCUCAUCAAUAUU